AUGCCUGCUGGGGCCGAUGGGGCUCAGGGUCGUUGUCAGUCUCCUCGGCGAUGGCAGUCCCUCUAUCCCAGCCUGAGACUGGGACCGAGCGGCCCGAGGGACCGGGCAGCACGGGGCCGGGAGGGGAGGCGAAGGUGGAGGCAGAGGGGCGGGACACGAGCUGGCACCUCCCCCUCCCUGCGGGCCGUGCUGCGCCGCGGUCUUGGUCACCCGGGAGGGGAGGACUUGGAGCCGAACUCCCGGGACACAGUCACCAACCACCCCAGGACCAGGAGCUCUCAGGCUGAGGUCCCACCUCCACCUGCCAGUGCCCCAGGGCCUGUAUCCUGCCUCCCUGGGAGGAGAGGUUCCCAGACACAGCUAAAGACAGAGGUGUGGCCAGCCACAGCUUCCUUAGAAGUCCCUGGUACCCAUAGCAUGAAGAACAUUCCUUUACCAUGCCGUGGGCCAGAUGCUCUUCAUCGGGCUCCCUGCUUGACCCCACAGCUGCUGAGGUGUCCUUCUAGGAUCCGAGCUUGGAGAAUCCAAUGGCUCCUUCCUAAAGAUAAAAGAAAGAAUGCCAGACUCAAGGGAAUUUCAGACUUGUGGGGAGACGGAUGGACAGACAGAACACUGAGAAAGGAAGACGCAGAAAUCAUGAGCCAGGAACCAUGCCUGUACAUUAGAGGGACCAGUUCCUACACAGGGGAGGCAAGGAAGGCUUCCUGGAGGAAUUGAUGAGACCGCAGUGCUAUCCAGAGUGAGCUGCUGCUGGGGCUCCACAGAGGACAUUUCUGAAACAAAGAGUGAGCAGAGACCCAGUGGUGUGGACGAGCGUGCUCUAGCCUGGAGCUGAGAGUGGUGGAGGACUCUUGUCCCAGCUGCCUAGGAGGCCGGAGUGGAAGCACUCUGUGAACCCCAGCAUUCGGAGUCCGUUGGUGCAGCACAGUGAGACCCUGGCACAAAACCCAGCAAACAAGCAAACGGGAUGGCUCGGGAGACACAGACAAGUCUGAAGACCCGAGUUUGAUCCUCAGGACCCACCUCAUGGAAAGAAAGACUCUGACCCCCACACACACGUAAUUGUAAACAUAAAAAAAGAAAAAAGGGAACAAGCAAACUUGGCCAGGGGUGUGGCUCAGUUGGUAGAGUGCUUGCCUGCCAUACACGAGGCUCUGAGUUCGAUCCCUGGCACUAGUAUAAACUGGGCAUGGUGGCAUGGCCUAUGCCUCUUAUUCCAGCACUGAAAUAUCAGAGGUUCAAUGUUAUCCUGGGCUACAUGAGGCUUUUGUCUAAACAAACAAAGAAGACUAUGGGAAGGGAAUGCUUCCCAAAGACUCCAGAGUCUGCUUUGAUGGCUCACUGGGGACAUGCCGCCUUCCAAGCCGACCAUCUCUGGGUGGUGCUGACUUGAGGGGGCAAACCCCCUUUCUCCUGGCGUUCGAGGGCCUCCUCAUUGGAUCCCAGUUACAAUCUCCACUUUUCUUCCGCUUCUCCCUGUGUGUCAGCUUCCUUGAAUCUGCCUCAGCUUUCCUGAAGCUUUUGCUCAAAUAGUCUUCCUCAAUGGUACCCAAAGCAUCCCCCAUCCAUACUCAUAACCUCUUAACCCCUCUCAGGUCCAGCACUCGUUUCUCACCCCACUGACUGUGGUCCCUGCUCACUGUGUUUCUUCCAAAGCGCUGCUGUUUCCUUAUUCUAGCACUGUAGCUACUGUAUAUGUGUCUCAGCCCUUCACUAAAUGCCCCUGAAGCAGGGACAGCCCCUUGCAUAGAACUUGGUGCUAGCCUGGCAUCAGCAUUUGGUGAAUGGACUGAGCUGACUUGCCGGAAGACCCAGAACAUUCCAUUUGGGGGAUGCUUGCCGACAUUGUCACCUCUCGGUCCCUGUCUGUCUGCUAGAUAGUUGGUAUCUGAAUGGUUUCACAGUGCCACCCCUGGUUUAGUGCUAUCCCUUCAGGGACAGGCUGAGCAGGGUUCUGCGGAUGGGGGUGGCUCAGCAGGAAAGGGGUUAAGCUCUUUUGCUGUGUAUGAAGAUGUCUGUCAGUUCUAGUGCUGGAGGAAGCCUGGGGCACAGUGGGAAUGUGAGACCUCGGCUGAGGGCACAGGGUGACAGAGGAAGUAUGAAAAGGAGGAACAGGGGCCCUCAGAGGCAGGGUCACUGUGGGGUUUCCCCAGGGCCGAUCUUGGAGUAGGGUGUCUGAUGUUCAUUGCUGUUCUCUGACUGGGCCUUCCUCUGUCUUUGACCUGUAGCCCCUAGAAGUCUUCAAAAAUUUCACCCAGACUAGGAGGGAUUUUAUAUCUCAGGAUCCCAGCAAGUCCUUACCAGUGAGACUCGGGGUGUCUGUACAAAUCCCCUCACCUGUGGAAUGCUCCCGACACCCCCUCCCCCUGCUUCCAGUGAGGAAGCUUCAGACAUAGGAAAACAAACAAACAAACAAACAAACAAGCAAACAGCAGCAGCAACAAACCCCAAAGAACAUCAACAGUGCAUUCUCCCUUGUUGCGGCUGCUCUGUUUUCUCUCUGCCCUAUUACAUCCGGGGACCACCAGGCUGCCCCUAGUGGCGUCUCCUGGAAAUGACGAUUGAUUUGUUUGGGUUCUGGGGGACAGGAAUGGACAACUUGUUCUUUUGGAGGAGACCCACAAGGCCUUGUAUUCUAAGGUCUGCCUGACAUCACUGAAGAGGGUCCCUGAGUUGGCCUAACAACCUGCAAAGGCUUUUUCCGGUCUGUCCUGGGAGAUACAGGUGUGAGAUCCGAUACACACAUGAGAUCACGUCCUUAGUGCUCCUUCCUUCAAGUGCUUCAGUCUGUGCUGACUCUGGCUCUCCUAAGUGUCUGCAGCCUUAGGGUGUCCCCAAAGCCCACGAGAGUGGGCAGGUUAAGAUUCCACGUUAGUCCUUGCAAAAGCUUUCAUAGCUAGGGGCAGCUUUUCCCCAACCACGGUCAAUUUCCAUCAGUCCUAGUCCUUGUCCCUUAGUCAAAGGCCACAGACCUGACUUGUGGUGUGCGUGUCUCAAGGCCCACUUGUCAGGGCAGCUGAGCGUCCCAGCCCUUCUCAUUCUGCCACUCCUGUUCAGCCCAGCUCUAAACUCUUAUUUCCAAUUUAAUUGGACAGCCCUGACUUCCAGGAAGUUCUUCUCAUCUCUGCCCUGCAUUUGUCUGGCUUAAGUUUAAUGUCCUCACGCUCUGGGGAAUCCCUUCUCAUUAGAGACUUUCCUAUGAGUAAGCUAAGACACAUAUCAUUCUGUGAGCUCUGAUUCUCCAGAAGGUUCUUGUACCUUCCUUCAGAGACCCAGUCCUCAGUGGACUACAUGUGGGCUGGCACCGAGGCCCCAGGCACCACCCUCUGCCAGGAACUCUUGUUGGGGACCCAGAAACCAUCACUGCAUUCUCUCCUCAGCCUUCCUAGUGAGGUGGGCGCUGUUGGUCUUUUUCCAUUUGGCCAAUGCCAAGCUGGAGCUUCAGACAUGACCUGACUUGGGUGAAGUCACACAGGCAGAGUAGGAAACCCAAUGAUUCAGUCCUUACACUUAACAAGGUGUUAAUGUGGGCAUGGGGUCUGCUCUCAGGCUCCUAACAGGGAACCACAGUGAAUGUGUGAGACCUGGCUUCCCCUCAGCGUGCUAAACUGACCGGGCCUCCGCCUCCACUUCAAGGCUGUGUUAAUCCUCUGCAGCUGCCUAAAUGUCCCUCCCUUACGAUCCUUGCUGUUCAUGUUUUCACGGGUUUGUUGU